AUGAUCCCCCUUGACUAUGGUCUGAAACACUAAGGAAGCCCAUGAUGCAGUCAAAGGAGCACUUGCCUGUGUAUCUAUGAGUUCAUGACUCAUGGUCCACCUGGGUUAAACUUCUAGAAAAGCAGCAGUUCUAAGAAUGUGCCUGAAUAAGUAAAGACAGUAUCCCAAGACUUGCUCAAUUCAGAUGCCAAGCCAAGUUAUAAGGGAGUCUGGAAGGAGGAGGGUCAAGCACUGUGCCUGUAUUCAACACAAAGAACCACUUUAGAAAGCCUCCAAAAGCCCUGCGCGGGUAUGAAGAGCGAGACCUUAGGCCGGGGAAAUCUUAACAGCCAGGCCGGAUGGAAAGCGCACUUCCCAGAGUGCACCAGAUUCAAGACUUCCGCCCCGCAGAGAACUUGCCUCCACCCCCACCCCCGCCCUCCACGUCCGCCCAGCUCUAGUUCUGCGCAGUCUCCUGGAAUGGUUUGCCGUCUCUAUAGCAACGCAGUACCCAGUAGCGAGUGUCGCAAGAUGGAAACCACUGACUCCACAGAGCUAUCGCCAUCGCGCUCUUUAGACGAACAGCCUAGCUCCGAAGAACUAGGGACCACUUCAGAUCCCUUGCCUUCUUUGGAUGGCCGUCAUAGGUCGGCUCUGGCAGCUGCAACUGCAGCAGCCUCAGCAGCUGCUGCAGCCACUGCAGCUGCCUCCACUGCCAAGGCAGCUGCAUUAUCUACACAGACCCCAGCGCCCUACUCAGAACGGAGCCUUCUCCUGGAGCCCUUCUCUGACAAUCUUACUGGGGCGCACCACACCACCCCCAGAUUUACCCACAAGAUAGGCCAUGGGAGACUUGGCUUUGAGCCUGUCCAGGUCUCCCAUAUUGCUCGAAAUUCCUACACUGCAAAUGAUCCUAUCUCUAGCCAAGGCCCUGUUCCUGGCUCCAGCUCUGGCCCUGUUCCUGGCUCCAGCUCUGGCCCUGUUCCUGGCUCCAGCUCUAGUCCUGGUCCUGGCACCAGUUCUGGUCCUGGUGGUGGCUCUGGUCCAGGCCCUGGUGGUAGAUCUGGUGAAGGCACUGGUCCCGGUCCUGCCUCUGAUUCUAGGCAUAUUCCAGGCUGUGGCCAUGACCCUGGGUUCAGCUCCUCUGCUCCUCCAGGCUUCAGAAACCCAAGGGCAGAUCUGGUCCCUAAUUAUGCCUCCUGGAGUCAUGACAGCCACUGGGAGCCUCAGAAACAACCCUGGAAAUUUUUGCAAGUAUCAGAACCUGGCACCCGCGGACACUGGAAGCCCUCUGAGGUUGAAGGGAAGAGUAAGAUACCCAGUGAAACACUGCCACGGGGCCAGUGCCUUCUCUACAACUGGGAGGAGGAGAGAGCCACCAACUACCUGGAUCAAGUCCCAAGCAUGCAAGAUGGCUCUGAGAGUUUCUUUUUCCGACAUGGACACCAGGGGCUGCUGACCUUGUGGCCACAGUCACCCAUGUCCUCCAGAACCACCCAGAAAGACUCAUACCAGCCCCCAGGAAACCACUCUCAGCCAGUCCGAGGUACGAAGUAUGAGAGAACGGACCAGAACGAGUCCACGAGAGAAAAAAGGAGAGGAAGGAAUAUCGGGUGGGACUAUGGAUUGUCCAAUGGAUGGAAGCGUGAAGCCAUGCUGGAGAUGUUCUUGCGCCACCAGAUCUGUAAAGAGGUGCAGGCAGAGCAGGAAGCCACAAGGAAGGACUCUGAGGUCGAGUCUGUGACACAUCAUGACUACAGAAAGGAUCUGGUGCAAGCAGGGCCUCCUACUCCAACAAGGGUAAGAACCUACCCCACCCCACUUGGCCAGCUGGGCCCUGACAGCUGGGAGGGAGAGCAGCAGGCCCAGAGGUUGAGAGAGGGAGCUUCAAGCCAAGAGUUAUUCCAUGUCUCUCCCUCACAGCCUCAUGACUACCGUACUGAGCAGCCUGAAACCUUCUGGAUACAGAGGGCACCGCAGCUACCGGGCGUCAGUAACAUCAGGACGCUGGACACGCCAUUCAGGAAGAACUGCAGCUUCUCAACACCAGUGCCUUUGUCUCUAGGGCAGCCUUUGCCCUAUGAACCUGAGGAUUAUUCCCACUAGUUGGGAGAAAUAUCCUCCCCUGCCUGUCAGGGAGGAGGGCGGGGUGGUGGAGGGGAUAGAACCACUCCAGUCUAAGGGUUGAGGAGGGCAGCAUAUGUGGAUUAAGGAAUCUGUCUGAAUUCUGUCUGUACUUGGAGAAGAGGCUUUCCAUAAAAAGGGUUCUCUCUCA